UUGCUUUCUCCCAAAGAUAAGUGAAAAUUCGAUCAAUCGAGAGAAUUUAUAAUAUGGGUGUUCUUGAUUAUUUAUCAAUUUUUUGCACCGUUACAAGUACAAGACGACGUACCAAAAGGAGACCAUUACAGACAGUGGAGAUAAAAGUGAAGAUGGACUGUGAUGGAUGUGAAAGAAGAGUCAAGAACGCAGUUAGACGCAUGAAAGGUGUGAAAACAGUGGAAGUGAUUAGAAAACAACACAGGGUGAUAGUGAGUGGUUAUGUUGAUCCAGCGAGAGUGUUGAAUAGAAUAAAAAGCACUGGAAAAAGAGCAGAAAUGUGGCCAUAUAUUCCAUAUAAUUUGGUGUCUUAUCCAUACGUAGCUCAAGCAUAUGACAAAAAGGCACCUUCUGGUUUUGUUAAAAAUGUGCCACAAGCACUAAUUACACCUAAUGCUACUGAAGAAAGGAUUACUCAUCUUUUUAGUGAUGAUAAUCCCAAUGCUUGUUCUAUUAUGUGAUCCAACUUUCAAACUUUCUUUCUUGGAGUUUAGGAAUUUAGUAAAAGAAUAUUAUUAUACUAUGUACUUGUCCAUGUCAUUGUAAUUAAGAUCUGGCUAAGGUAGAACUAAUAGCUUGAACGAUGGAAUAUUAAGCUUCCUUUUUUUUGUGCUUUGCUUGAAUUUGAAGAAGCAAAUAUCUAUUAUUGUCUACCAUCUUUUUGUUUCUAAAUUUUGCUAA